AUGUCGUCCGAAUCGCGAUUGUAUACCUUCUCUGGAGAAUCCAAGGACCAUCUCCGAAAGUUUCGCCUUACUACCUCUCGAGCUAAGGGCCCUCAAGCUGUUAUUUACAUGAUCGAUAAGAACACCUACGAGAUCCGACAAGACGAAGACAAGACCGUUUACACCUCUCUCGACGAGGUAGCCGAAGACCUUCCCGACCAUGCUCCUCGCUUCAUCCUCCUCAGCUACCCCCUGACUAUGGGUGACGGACGGUUAUCUGUACCAUAUGUGCUUAUCUUCUACCUCCCCGUUACAUGUAACGCUGAGAUCCGAAUGCUCUACGCCGGUUCCAAAGAGUUGAUGCGCAACACCGCUGAAGUCGGACGAAUCAUUGAUAUCGAGUCAGCGGAUGAUUUGGAGGAGAUCCCUGACAAGCUCAAGUCGGAAUAA